AUGUCUCCCUGCUACAACUGCUCGGCUCGCCCGCGUCUUGCGUCUAUCGAUUUCGGUACGGUCCCAUUGCAAGCCGGAGACGUAUGUCAUAUCCAAGAGUCGCUCAUGAGGCCCAUCGAGAGCGCACUCAAGGUCAAUCUGAAGAAGCUCAUGUCGAUAGUCACGCUCGGCAACCACACCAUCGACACGUCGAGGACUCAGGAUAGCCUAUGGCCCGGUUUCAAGGAUCGUCCAUGUGUUAUCACUGAAGUCGACACCUCUGGGCCUCAGCAGAAGAUUACACUCUGCGUCAUGGGUACCAUGAAUGGCAAGAGGAUCGAGACUCUACCAUAUGCCAUCAGUGAGAAAGCCCAAGGCCAGCGUGGAUUGUCGCGCAUGAAUUUGUCUCAACACAAGCUGUCGAGACGGUUCGACAAUGACGCUCCCUUCCGGGAGUACGUGCGGAGGGAAUACACUCAACACAUGCUUGAUCAGCCCCAGUACCGCUCGCGGCGCACUUGGAAUACACUCGCCAAGUCGCUCGCCUUCAGCAAAAUGUCCCCUAACAAGUCUCGUUCGCAACACAGAAGGAGGACUAAGCGACGGGGCCCACUAUAUAUGGAUAUCGACCACGACCAAGAAGAGCGGAACUCAGUCAAUACGAACUACCCAGCAGGAUCCGCUAUACAGGAGGAGUUCCACGACGAGUCCAUGGACGGUAUCAUGCCAACAUAUACGGAAACCGCAAACGGUCCUCAAGGCGUCUCCGGAAUGUCGCAUGCCAAUUAUCAAGUAGUGCACGCUCAAGCUGUACCCAAUCACGUCAUGCAGAAUGCACCAUCAGGCAGCGGCUCUGGUGCGGUGAGGAGGAUGUUGCAAUAUAAGUGUGAAGACACCGUCUCAGCGGUCGCACCUGAUGAGGAUUGGUUCGCGUAG